AUUUCGUGCAUCUAUCGUCGCUGUCAAACAGAACUGAAAGAGAGAAUGUUCUUCACAUGCAUUUUACGUUCUCACAGCUGAGUUGCCAAACGUUGCCUUCCACCACCCCUCCGAAAAACGUAAAAUCAUGAAUGGACUGCCAACCACCAGUAAAGCGCGUGUUUUGUACCCUCCGCGUGGUUUACACAAGAUAUCAUAAGGGUGAGCUAACGGUAGCCAUGCAACUGCAGCAGGGGGUUGAUGAGGUGUUGCGGAAAAUAAGCAUGUGGUUGAGAAAAUCCUACAUCCCUUCGAAGGAUGUGUGUGUAUGAGAGAGUGUGAGGGGUUGAAAUGAAAAGCGCCUGGUGAUGCUGGCGACGCCUGACGGCCAAUCUCGGAAUCUUUUCGCCAUAAUGUUUUCGAGUUUUUUCACUCAAAUCUAGUAAUAUAGAUUUUGCCUUAAAAUUAUUAAAAAAGUACUAUUUAAACUAGUUUAACCGAAUUAAAACUACUUUUAAAGCUAGGCGUACGGUCGAGUAAAUGCGUUCGCGUAGAAAUUAAUUCGCUAUAGCUUUCAAAUGAACAUCUGAUGAAGCAUGGUUAAAAUGGCCUCAACGGAAGAGCAGGAUAGGAAAAUAGUACUGGAGUUCUGCCACCUGUUGGAGAAGUCGAAGCAGCUCUUCAACGGGCUGCGCGAUCUCCCCCAAUACGGACACCGGCAGUGGCAGGCGUACUUUGGGCGCACUUUUGACGUGUACACGAAACUGUGGAAGUUUCAACAGCAACAUAGGCUAGUCCUAGAUUCUAAGUACGGAUUGAAGCGAUGGCAAAUCGGUGAAAUAGCUAGUAAAAUUGGUCAACUCUAUUAUCAUUACUAUCUUAGAACGAGUGAAACAAAUUAUCUCAAUGAAGCAUAUUCGUUUUAUGCGGCAAUCAGAGGGCGUGCUUACUACUCCCGGGCAAUCAAGGAGGACCGGCCGGAUCUGAUGGUUAAGAAAUUACGUUACUACGCUAGAUUUAUUGUUGUUUGUUUAUUGUUGAAAAAGAUGAAGCUAGUGAGAGAAUUAGUUAUUGAAUUAGAGCGACAAAUACAGGAAUACACGACAACCUACGAGCCCGAGGAUCAGCUCGAAUGGUCACUCGUGUUGGAUGAGAUCAAGGGAUUCAUCAAGGCGGAAGCGGCGGUAGCGGUACUACAUGCGGACACGAAUCCCAUCGUGUUAUCGCACAGUGGUUCUGGUUCUAGGUUGAGUCCCCUGACGACGCCGCCCUGCGAGAGGACGCCCCACAUGACCCUCAGUCUGCAGGAGAUACUAAUCGUGGGGUCCGCCUGCGAGCAGGCCAAGUUCUCCGAGCUGACGAUGGAUAUGUUUAGAAUGCUACAAACACUGGAAAGGGAACCAACGGAAUCUAUGCAUCCUCUAGCCGGGCACCCAAUGGUGACACACGGAGGACCACAUGAUGCCAGUCCUGCAGCCAGCAGGAUGCCACCUUACGGAGUGCCAGGGUCCAAAGGUUACGUGGAAAAUGGUGACCGACGAGGAAUGCGUGAUAAUCCACACAAAUAUCUGCUCUACAAACCAUCGCUCAGUCAGCUCAUGGUGUUUCUGUCGAGUGGGUUCAAAGAACUGCCACCAGGUGGAGCUCUUCUAUUGUACAUGUCAGCCGACGGAUGUUUCUCGACUACGAAGCAUCCACAGGAUUAUGGUUACGAGUUAGGAGGUUUGGCGACGAGCGUAAAACGCGAUGCAGUCGACGGAGGAUUGGCGGUGAGGGGCAAGUCUAGUGCCGGCUAUAAAGAACCACAUUGUCUCUACCCGGGAGACCUGUAUCCAUACACACGGAGACCCCUGUUUAUUAUAAUAGAUUCGGAUAACUCGUUUGUGUUCCAGCAUAUACCAAGGUACUUUGGUCAGCCACUUGUGAUAUUGAUGUCACCCCAAGACGUCCCUGCGAAUUUCCAAGGAAUGAAUCUGCAACAUCAUGGUUCUUUGUUUACACUGUUCCUGCACUCUCCGAUGACGGCACUCUGCUACAUCUGCAACGUUGGAGAUGUCCCGAUCCAUCACUGGGAGCGAUGUCAAAACUAUGUCGAUCGGUUCGUGACGGAAGCGUCGCGGUUAGUAACAAGGUGUCGAAUGGACGAGAUAGAACAGGGAAUAGGGUACAUCGAUUCAUCCUAUGUACAGUUUUUCGGGGAUGACUUUCUGCGGACGCUAAUCUUACGGUUUGUAUUUUGCGAUGUGACACUGCGGUUACAUCGAGGGUUCCGAGGCCGCCAUCAACGGCCACGAUGCGAGCCUCCACUGCCGAGUGCGGAACUGUUGGAGCAUCCGUCCUUGGCGCACAUAAUCCUACAGCUGGCUUCGGCGUUAGACGUCAGAGGACACUUCGUCGAGGGUCCCGAAGGCGAUUGAUGGAGAAAGUCCUGGGAUCGUAAAGUCAUCGACGAAUCCAGCCGAACCAGGAGGGAAACCAGUCGCGACAUGCUGCUACUGACGCUGCUACUAUUGAUGGCUGGCGCGCGACAGCUGCGAGGUGAUCUUAGCGGUAAGCAUGAAACUUCCAUUGCCUGUCGAUCGGUGGCAUGCAGCAGGAUUGUGUUCAAACUAUUCAAACACGUCAUUAGUGAAGCGACUGAUGGUGGUGGUGAUCGUAUGCAAUGUUGUCACGAGUUGCAGUGCUACACUAGAACGCUUUUUAUGAUUUGAGCAUAAUCAGCAGACCAUGGAACAAAGUGCAUCGCACCCCUUAAUACAGCAGCAGUAUGGAUAGUCAGAGCAAAAAGAAUAUAGAAUCGAUACACAGCGGAGGCUUUGUUACCUUUUUCUAUUUAUUUUAUGUAUGUUUACAGCUUUUUAUGCUACUUGUUGUUACAUAUACACUAUAAUAGAGGCGGAAUGAAGUCGUAUAACGGAUUGCGUAUUUUAUACACUCUCUAGAAUACAUUUUCACAAGAUUAAAAAUCACACACUCACAAACAGACACACACACAUACUGCUCAGCGGUUCCCAUAAUGUAGAUGAGAAUGCCCGUAGCGUCUUAGGCUGGAAGGAUGUGAUUAUGCGUAGCCCACUCUAAGGGUCGUUGACAAGGCCUUGAAUGGUUUCAGAACUUGGAGUUCGGUUUGGUAUGUGUUAUAAGUGUUCGAAAAAUAGGGGUAAAAUGAUUCUUCCAUGUGUCCGAUAGAAUACAUGUUUAUUUAUCCAGUUUAUUUCAAGAUCGUUCAUAUAAACAUUUUUUUAAAAAUUGGGCCAAAGUAGAGUGACAUUGGACCACUAUUCCACACAUUUAGAAUACGACCGGAAUGCAUAUUGUGUGCUUGACUACUGGAAUACAUAAUUCUAAGAUAGUUUGCAUCCACCUUCGGAUUCUCUGAUUAAUAUUGAAUCCGUGAACCAAUGCUACCUUCUUUCUAGGCCCAAUGUCACCUCGAACGACGGUACUUAUUUUGAUAGUUUAUGUUUCAACAUUUGUAUAGCAGUGCUGUAUAACACUGUUUACUACAGGUAUCUCUACAUGUUAAACGCUUGCAGAAGUUGAGGUUGAUACACACCACGUUUUACUUGCACAUAUUUCAACAACACUCCUGUCAAAUAACUGUUAGAUGUUCACUGUUUAGGGCUGAUCUGACUUAUAAGAUGAUGAAAUACCCAAGCGCAGGCUAUAGCCUGUGGUAUUCCUCAGCUGCUUCAGGUUCAUAGGUAACCAAAAGCAGCGUAAUCAGACGUAAAGAUGGAUUAAAUCCUCCACUAGGCAUGCUUGCGGACAUCAUCACUCAUUCAACAAAGUUCGUUGCAAAGUUAGGCAUGCACUAUGCAUACAUGAUCAUAGUUAGGAAAAUUUGCUCAACAUACACCUGAGUAUAUAUCUACAGCGUGAAGGCUCAGGACCGCCUGUAACGCCAACAUUGGUGACAGGAAGACCCUUUCCGACUUAACCAAAAAAACAGCCCUUGUACGCAGACCUGCGGACUUAAGCAAGGCGUAUUACCGGAUGGAGUCGCCGGUGCUACCCGUUGACUGUA